UUAAGAAGACUUCUUCACAGUCUUCUCGAUCACUUGUCAGUGUUCAGAUCGUCAUUUCUCUCCAUUUGAAAAGAAAUUUUGUUGGCAUUUGAUUUUCACAAUGUUGCGCCUUAGUUAGCAUUUUUUGUUUUUUUUUUUUUGUUUUUCAAAGUCGAGAACUGUUGUUUUAUUUCUUUUUCCGCUCUUUUAUUUAAUAAACUAAUUUUUUUUCUUAUUUAUUAUUAUUAAUAUUUUUAAAUACAAUUUGUUAUUAUUUUUAUUUUGAAUAUUAAACAAUUUUCCGGAACCGAGAAUAUUUUGGAAAUAGAUUUUUUUUUAAAUUGCAUUUUUUUUGUGUGAUUAAUAAAUUAAUGAACGGAAAUUAUUUGGUGAAAUGGAUAAGAAACUUUUAGGAAAAGUGAUUAAAAUGUUUUGUUAAUUUUUUGUGUUGAAAUAAAAUUUUUUGAAAAAAUUGGAAUUCAGUGAAGAUAUUUUUCCGAAUGACAAAUUGUUUCUAUUGAAGAUUUUUGAUAAAAAGGGCAAUUAUUUUUGAAAAUGGACAGUCAGGGAUUUCGGGACUUCAGUAGAGCUGUGAUAGAUUAUAUAAUAAAUUAUAACGAAACCCUGAGGGAUCGAAAUGUCCUUCCGUGUGUCAAGCCAGGAUAUUUGAGUCGAUUGGUACCGGCAGAGGCGCCAAGUGAACCAGAAUCCUGGCAGGAUGUCCUUAAGGACAUCGAGAGGGUCAUUAUGCCAGGUGUGACACACUGGCACUCGCCACAAUUUCACGCAUUUUAUCCCGCCGGAAGUUCGUAUCCUUCAAUAGUGGGCGAAAUGCUGAGCGCAGGAAUUGGUUGUAUAGGAUUUUCCUGGAUUUCCUCGCCGGCUUGCACGGAACUUGAAGUCGUCACUAUGAAUUGGUUAGGAAAAUUGUUAGAUUUGCCAAAGGAAUUUUUAAAUUGCAGUGAAGGACCCGGGGGCGGUGUCAUUCAGACAUCCGCCAGUGAAACAAUAUUUGUCGUUUUAUUGGCAGCACGUGAGCGGACAGUACGACGAAUGAAAUUAUUGCAUCCCGAUUGGGACGAGGGACUAAUUAGAUCGAAAUUAAUUGCCUACACUUCCGAUCAGUCGAAUUCCUCAACAGAGAAAAGUGGACUUUUAGGAGCAAUGCCAAUGAGAUUAUUGCCAACUGAUGAAAAAUGUAGUUUACGAGGAGAAACAUUAUUGCAAGCCAUUGAAAAAGAUAUAAACGAUGGUUUAAUUCCAUGUUACGUGAUUGCCACUUUAGGCACGACUGGCACAUGUGCUUUCGAUAAUUUAGACGAAAUUGGACCAAUCUGCAAUGAACAUCAUAUUUGGCUGCAUAUUGAUGCUGCUUACGCGGGCGCUUCAUUUGUUUGUCCCGAAUAUCGUUACUUAAUGUCCGGUGUACAGUACGCAGAUUCAUUUGAUUUUAAUCCACACAAAUGGCUUCUCGUUAAUUUCGAUUGUUCUGCCCUGUGGAUUAAGGAUUCAAAGUGGCUCACUGAUACAUUCAAUGUGGAUAGAAUUUAUUUGGCUCACGAAAAUGAAGGAUUAGUUCCUGAUUAUAGGCAUUGGCAAAUUCAGCUCUCUCGUCGUUUUCGAUCACUGAAAUUGUGGUUCGUUUUACGAUUGUAUGGAGUCGAGGGACUUCAAAAAUAUAUUCGUAAUUCGAUAAAAUUGGCUCAACUUUUUGAAGAGCAGGUCAAAUCGGACGAUAGAUUUGAAGUUGUCACUGAAGCUGUUAUGGCAAUUGUUUGCUUUAGAAUAAAGGGCGAUGAUUCUUUGACGAAACAACUAUUCGAUCGAUUAAUACAAAGAAGAAAUAUUUACGUAACUGCCGCAACGUGUCACAAAAGAAUGGUAAUAAGAUUCGUCAUAUGCAGUGAAUUUUCACGUGAGGAUGACAUACAUUUUGCUUGGAAUGAAAUCAGUGAAUUGACAACGGAACUACUUCCAAUGAAAUCGCUCGCGAUAAAAAUUCAAAUUUGUGAAAGUGAAUCGUUUGAUCAGGCAGAUGAUGAAAUUGCCAUCAAAUUCAAUGAGAAACAAAAGAGAAAAAAAAUUCCCAAAAGAUGCCGUUGAGAUUAUCUAUAGAAAAGUGAAAUCUCACUUGUGGAAUAUAAAAAAAAAACUUUAUUUUAUACUAUUUUUAUUUUUUAUAUAUAUUAAUUGUAGAUUGAAAUAUUUAUUAGCAAAUCAAAGGAAAAAUGAUUCUUUGUAGCAAAAAAAAAAAAAAAAUAACAUUAGAAAAAAAAUCCCUUUUGGGGUUUCUUGUUAAAUUUCCCUCUUAAUUCCCUUUCAUUAUUAUUUGAAU